AUGAAGCUUGUGUUAGUCACAUUUGUGGUUGUUUUGACAGUGGCUCAUGUUGUGGGCAAACCACAGCUCCCACCCCCUGGCGAUUUCGUAAGUUGGGCAGUAGAGGUUAUGAUGAUGAUUUAGCGUAAAAAACGGCAAAAUUCGAGCAAGUUUUGCGCGGAGUUGGACGAUUGGGGUAACCGAAAAGCAUUAUUUUUCUAUGAUGCAAGUGGCGAAAUUAGGAUAAUCGAGAGCGCUGAUUUCGAAAAUGACAUUCAUUUUUUUAACGGUUUCUUUUUUCCUUAAGUAGUACUAUAAAGUAGCAGUUUUCAAAAUUUUUUUCACGAAUACUCGAUUUAGGGGGUUUCGAUGGUGCUGCUUUCAAAUCAGCACCAUGAAUAAGAUUUUCGAAAACAGCACCAUCGAAAACCCCUAAAUCGAGUAUUUAUAAAAAAAAAAAUUAAAAAAAUUACAACUUUACAGUACUACUUGAGAAAAAAAGUAACCAGAAAAAAAUGAAUGUCAUUGCCGAAAUCAGCACCCUAGAUUAUCCUAAUUUCGACACUUGCAUCGAAGAAAAAUAAUACUUUUCGGUUUCCCCAAUCGUCUUUUUCCUCAAUCGUCCCAGUUCCAGUUUUGCGCGUAGAAGGCCUGAAAAUUUCAACUCUUUUAUGAAUUUUGCCUAGUUAAAUUUUUUAUUAACGCUUUGCAAAAAAACAAUGACUUUUCAAAAAAUUUUUUUUUUUCAAUUUUCAUUUUUAGGCCCUUCGCAAAGGAGAAGGGUAUACAAAUAUCGUUGAAUAUCUCAAAGACGGCUGCAAAGCGCAAGCUAAAAAUUUUAGUGAUUGCAAUGUAACCUACACACGAUAAGAGAGAAAAAUUAAAAGAAAAUCCGAACGUCUCAUUUUGAAGACUGAACAUUUUAAUAUUUUAGUAUAAAAAACUUUUUUAUGACCGCUGAAGUCGUUUGCAAGCUUUUUUUCUGAUCUUUCAAUAUAAAACAUCCUUGUAUUUUUGUUUUAAGACAUGUAUAACAUCAUAAUCUUCCACAUUUCAGCCGCCAAUGCCUCCAGAGUUGGAGCGAAUCCUCCCCGCGGACGCCGUUUCCAAACUGAAGAGCAUCCACACCGACAGAUCCCUGGGAUUUUUGGAAAAGCAGCAAAAAAUCGACGAGGUCAUGAGCUCUCUGCCCGCCGAGAUCUUGGACAAAAUUCCACCUCCCCCCGGCUUCAACAAGCUGCCGGAGAAUGUUCAACAACAGCUGAAGAGUAUCAACAGAAGCCGCGAACUUUCCUGGCAACAAAAACAGGAGAAACUCCGCGAGUUGAUCCACUCUUUGCCGGCUCAUUUGCGCUCAAUUUUGAUGCCUCCAAUGCCGGGAGGACGUUAA